AUGUCGACAGACAGUGCUCGACAGCCCUUCCUGGAGUACACGGACGACCCCGAGAAGGAAGAAGCACGGCGAUAUGUUCGCGUCCAAACCCGCAAGGGCAACAUCCUGCCAUAUCUCUUCGUCGCCAUCAUAACCUCUCUUCUCUGGUCCGUGGUGAUCCUCUUCUUCGUCGACAUCCCACGAGCCGGCAACACCAGCACCACCACCACUACCGAAGAACAUGAGACUAGCUCUCGCCCCACGGGUAGAUACAACAUCACAACCAAGGCCCAUCGGCUAUCUUGCGGGAACUCCGUCGCCGAAGCUAAAGCCCUGAACUGCAAAUACGACCUCCUGCUGAACAACUGGGUGCCGGAGCCGUGUUUCGACAAGGAAUGGCUCGAUGAGUACAAGGAAGACGACAGCUGGGGCGGGUACGCCGACGAGGAGAUGACGCGGCGGAUGUCCGUGGAGGAGAUGUCCGAGGCGGACCACUAUUGGACAUCGCUUCGUGACCACGUCAACCACUGUGCGAUGAUGUGGAGGAAGCAAUUCUGGGCGCUGUAUGAGGAGCGCAAGGCGUUCGAUACCGUGAUUGCAAGCCCUGGCCACACCGAUCACUGCUCGCAGUUCUUGAUCGACGUGACUGACAACUCGAGGAACUGGACACAUCCGACAAAGACUUCGAUGGGAUUUGCUGGGUGCUGGGUGAGGGAUGAUAGGUAG